GGACUUGAAUUUUUUUAUUAGAGUCACGCUGGGCUUUUGCGAAUUUUCUCGAUGUUUUCUUGAAGGAAGGGCUCGCCUCGUAAAGUUAUAUUUUGAAUCCGUAAUCUCUUUCCUGUUCUUUCACGCCUUAACAGAUAAACCCGUGCCCCCGUCUUUCGAUAAAAACCAGAUCGUCGUCGAUCCUACCAGUUAAUUCCGUUCUCUAGUCGCCAGCAGUCUGUGCCUUUAAAAAUUAAAAAAAACACAAAUUUUGCUUAUUUUUUUGUAUGUAUCACAUUUGAGCGGAUAAGUGCAGAAUGUCGGCCGAAGAAGGAAAAGUCCUCUCGGGGACUGCUGUUUCUAAUGAAAUUCAGGAAUCGUUGAAAGUAAGAGUGAAGGAAAUCGCUAACAGGAUUCCAGGUUACAAACCUGGCUUGGCUAUCGUGCAAGUAGGAGGAAGGGAAGAUUCGAACGUCUACAUCAGAAUGAAAAUUAAAUCGGCUGAAGAAAUCGGCAUUUCAGCGCAGCAUGUUAAAUUGCCCAACACUACCACACAAAUUGAACUUUUAAACAAGCUGAAGGCAUUAAACAAUGACCCAAUGAUACACGGCAUCAUAGUCCAAAUGCCCCUCGAUUCAGUCAACAAAAUUGAUAGCCAUCUUGUUACGGAUGCGGUCUCACCUGACAAGGAUGUUGAUGGUUUAAACACUAUUAAUGAAGGAAGGGUUGCUGUUGGCGAUAUGAGCGGUUUUAUACCCUGUACACCCAACGGUGUUAUGGAAUUGAUCAAAAGGAGUGACAUCUCGAUAGCCGGAAGUAACGCAGUGGUCUUAGGGAGAAGUAAAAUUGUUGGAACUCCUGUUUCAGAACUUUUGAAAUGGGCUAAUGCCACAGUUACAGUUUGCCACUCAAGAACAAAAAAUCUUCCUGAACAGGUUGGAAAAGCUGACAUUCUUGUUGUAGGCAUUGGCCAACCUGAAUUUGUGAAAGGAUCAUGGAUCAAAAAAGGAGCCGUUGUGAUUGACUGCGGUAUCAACUCAGUUUCAGAUCCGACAAAAAAGUCUGGCAAAAAGUUGGUCGGGGAUGUCGCAUACGAUGAGGCGAAAAUGAAAGCGUCUUACAUCACUCCCGUACCGCGAGGAGUUGGUCCGAUGACUGUUGCCAUGUUGAUGAACAACACCGUCCUGUCUGCAGAAAGGGCCGUUGAUAAACUCUGCAGCACGAUCUGGUCGAUCGAGUGCCUUCCAUUGACGCCUAAACAUCCCCAGCCCAACGAUAUGGAAAUCUCACGGUUACAAACGCCAAAGGAAGUGUCAGAAUUGGCAAGGGAAAUCGGCGUGUCACCUAGUGAAUUUGUCUCGUACGGGCCGAAUAAAGGAAAAUUAAAACUUUCAGUCAUUGAAAGAUUAAAAAAUAUGGCUUCUGGAAAUUAUGUUGUAGUAGCAGGCAUGACACCUACAGUAUUAGGUGAAGGUAAGAGCACUACUACCCUCGGACUCGUCCAAGCCUUGGUAGCCCAUAAAAAAAGAAAUGCAAUUGCUUGCCUCAGACAACCGUCUCAGGGUCCAACUUUUGGAAUCAAAGGUGGAGCAGCUGGUGGUGGAUAUUCACAGGUUAUUCCCAUGGAUGAGUUGAACUUACAUUUGACAGGAGACAUUCACGCUGUAACAGCUGCAAACAACCUUUUAGCUGCUUUAUUGGACGCCAGGAUAUUCCAUGAAAAAAAUUCGAGCACUUCUUUUCUGUUUAACCGAUUGACAGUCGAUAAAACAAAAUUUUCAGAUUCACAACUGAAAAGAUUAGCGAAGCUCGGGAUCGACAAAACCACGCCGUCUUCUUUGACAGAAAAUGAACAAGAGAGGUUUUCCAGGUUGAAUGUAGAUCCAGAAACGAUUUCGUUAGAAAGAGUCAUCGAUACGAAUGACAGAUACUUGAGGAAAAUCACUAUAGGGCAGUCUCCUACUGAAGAAGGACAUACGAGAGAAACUUCUUUCAGUAUUUCAGUCGCGAGUGAAGUUAUGGCUGUUCUUGCAUUAGCUACAGAUUUGAAAGAUUUGAAAGAAAGGCUUGGAAGGAUUGUCGUCGCUUUGGAUGUUAAUGGUCAACCUGUCACUGCAGAAGAUUUGGGUGCCACAGGCGCAAUGGCUAAUUUAAUGAAGGAAGCGAUUGAACCGACUUUAAUGCAGACUAUCGAGGGCACGCCUGUGUUAAUCCAUGCGGGACCUUUUGCAAAUAUCGCGCAUGGGUGUUCGUCAAUUAUUGCAGAUGCCAUAGCCUUGAAACUCGUCGGAGCCAAGGGAUUCACUGUUACCGAGGCAGGAUUCGGCACCGAUAUUGGCAUGGAGAAAUUUUUUAACAUUAAAACACGAGUCUCUGGUUUUAAGCCCAAAGUCGUCGUUUUGGUAUGCACAGUAAGGGCUUUAAAAAUGCACGGCGGUGGACCUGUUAUUGCAUCUGGAAGAAAAUUAAAGGAUGAAUAUAAAACAGAAAACCUGGAUCUUUUGAAGAAGGGUUUACCCAAUUUGCUGAAACAUAUUGAAAAUGGAAAGAAAUACGGUGUCACUGUUGUAGUAGCUAUUAAUGCCUUCAGCACAGAUACAAAUGCUGAACACGAGAUGAUCCGUGCGGCGAGUCUUCAAGGUGGUGCUCAUUCAGCAGUUGUUUGUGAUCAUUGGGCUAAGGGAGGUCAAGGCGCUUUAGAUUUGGCUGAUGCGGUUAUUAAUGCGUGUGAAGCUGAGUCCAACUUUAAAUUUCUAUACCCAAAUGAACUCUCUUUAGCUCAAAAGAUCGAGACAAUUGCAAAAGAGAUGUACGGAGCUGGAAAAGUAGUUUUCAAAGAGAAAGCUUUGAAUAAAAUGAAACAUUUGGAGAAGCUUGGGUUUGGAAAAUUGCCAGUGUGCAUGGCGAAAACAUCAGCCUCACUUAGUGGUGAUCCAGAGGUUAAAGGCUGUCCUAAAAAUUUUGACCUACCCGUGUAUGAUCUAUCUUUGUCUGCUGGAGCUGGCUUUAUAGUGGCGACUGCCGGGGAGAUUUCAAAAAUGCCUGGGUUGCCGAUUAGACCGGCAGUUGUAGACAUGGACUUGGAUGUCGAAACAGGAGAAAUAUUGGGAUUGUAUUAAUUGCUGUAUCGUUUCUUCAGAUACAAUGCAACAAACAAAAAAUGUCAAUUUUGUUAAAGGAAAGAAAAUAGUAUAUUAAAUAGGCGUUCAAGUAAUUUUAAAGGAAAAACAUGUCUUUUUCUGG